AUGACAUGAGCUUGGUAAACUGUUUGUAUGCACAGAGAAUCUGUUAAAUCCAUUAAUCCAUUUAGCCUCUAUAAAUGGAAUUCUUGUAAGCGAAAAAGAAUGGAAAAGUCGGACGCAUGCGAUCCAUACAGCCGACCCGCGCGCAGGACACAAUGGAUCGUGAGCACUCUCGCGUAUCAUUACGGACUAGACCGUGGAGUGGAAAACGAAAUUAUAGUCCUCGCAACCGGGUUGGAUCAAUACCUUCAGGAGAUUUUUCAUCACCUAGACUCUCAGGGAGAUGGAAAAAUACCCGCCGAGGAUUUUUACAUUCUUUGCGAGAUUUUGGGGCUGGAUAAAGAGUGUGAUUUGGAGGAGUGCGCGGGGAUUUUGGAUAAUCUACCCAAAGAGUUCAGCUUUAGACAGUUUCAUGCCAAACUCUGCGGUUAUUUCAGUACCAAAGCCGGGUGCCACUAUGAGAAUGGGAGGUUGUUGGUUGGGAGGGAUAGUCAGCAUAUAGAGACGCAGAUCAGACUCCGGAGCCCUUUGAGGCGGCGAGAGAAGCUGCUCGAUUUGGGUACCAGUCAUAAACGAGAAAGCGGAGAGUCUUCUUCAUCUCCCACUGUGGAUAGACACGCGUCAGGUUGUAAGCAGCUGGGAUCGUGCACCAGGGAGUGUUACGAGGAAAUAGUGGCCCUUGAAGAGGCUGAGGAUAGAAUAGCCAAACUUGAGGAGGAAAAUGCGAGUCUCAGAGAGUUGGUGGAGGACAUGCGCGCGGCUCUUCAGAGCAGUGAUGCUCGAUCAUUGGCUUUACAGGUUGGGCUGUGGAAAAGCCACUCCAAACACAAACCAGAAGGUGGCUGUUUCAUUGCCCACCAAAGGCAAACUGCACAGAAGCCUAUCACUUCUGGUACCCUGAAGGACAUCCAGAGUUUCCUGAAAGAGAUGGAGUUCAUCCGGAGUUCCAGGGAUGGGCAGAUUGAGGAGGCCAUGCUCUUCAACCAGAAGCUGGAACAAGAGCUGCGAGUUGCGCGUGAGGCCGUGCUGAUGCUAGAGGAAUGUAACAGGACUCUAAAAAAGGAACAGGUGGAGAUGAGGAAGAGGGUGGAGGAGGCCAGGCAGGCUGUGCUCAGUGGCCUCAAGAAAGUGAAAGAACUGGAGACCAAAGCCAGUCAUGUGCCUGUCCUGCAGAGAAAUGUUCAACAGCUGGAGAUGGAGCUUCUGUUCUACAGAUCUGAGGUGUCGAAAAAAUCAGUUUCCUUCGUUAACAAACAGGACAGGCAGUAUAAUGGGGCCAGCCGGACUGGGUCACGCUGUUGCCUAGACACAGAACAAGAUCGGCGCUCACCGACGGGCCGUGCAGAAACUGUUCCUGACACCAUGGAGGAACAGCUUUUUCGUUCAGUGGAGGGUCAGGCAGCAUCUGAUGAAGAGGAAGAGAGAUGGACCGGAGAACAGCAGAGACAAGUAGACGAGGUGAAGAGAACCCUCACCAGACUGUCCUGCUGUGGAGACAGGUGUGAUGAGAAAGCAGUGAAGAAGUUGUUGUCUCAUUUCGGCGAGUCUCACACAGAAGAAAGUCAAACGGCUGUGCUUGAGCUGCUCGAGAAGGUCACGCGACUCAACAAACAGUUAGAGCUGAAGGAGAGUCAUGCCAGAAGAGCAGAGAUGAACACAGACCAGAUGAGGGAUGCCCUGGUCCAGGAGCUACAACAAAAGGCAGAGGAGACGGAGCUGCUCCACCUGGAGCUGCAGAUGCUGGAGACAGAACGGGUGCGUCUCUCUCUUGUGGAGGAGAAACUGAUGGAUGUGCUACAGCUUUUGCAGCAGUUGCGAGAACUGAAUGUCUCAAGAAGAUCUUUGGGGAAGAUUUUGCUGAGCACACUGGAGUCUUGCAGUGAUCCUCAGCAUGGGAAAGCGCAUAUUUUGGAGGUGCUCCAUGCUCUUUGUCAUGAGCUGGCUGCGUGUGAGAUCCUGUCAAGUGGCGAGACUGUCGAGAGAGCACAGAGUCAGCAGUCGCUCACCAACUCGCUGCUCAUCUCCUGCUAGGCAGUACUGCCACUUGAUGGUACAGGAAGCUAUAGACUCUUCUGAUGGAACUUUCUUGCCAUGUAAAUGGCUGGUGGAAUAUUGGACCAUAAUUAGCCAUGAAAGGCUACGUUUGUUGUCAUGUGUUCAUAUUAAGCUCUUUUACAAAGAAACACGAGUGUCUAAUUUUGAAGCAUUUUGUGUCUUCUAGUCUAAGCUAGUUUGUCCUAAAAAAAUUGUCUUUGUAAGAUAUUUGUAAAAUGUCAUAAAUUGGGUGUCAGUAUUAUUUUAGAAUACGUGCAUAUUAAACAGUGGUGUGCUCAGUACUUUCCUGACCUAAGAACAAUAAGGUUACAGACUACAUAUAGCUUGUUAAAUACACAAUUUGACAUGUUCAAGAGAGAAAGAGAGAGAAAAAAAAACUUAUUUUGGGUGCAUUAUUUUUUGUUACAGAUGUUGAGUAAUUUGCCAACAUAAAGCUUUCUCAUCUCAGUUAUGUAAAUAUCUCAAAUACAGACUGCCUAGCUGUGAAGGACUGAAUUUAUGCACCUUUUAAUUGUUUAAAAAUACUGAAACAUUUGUUGCAACUUUUGUUUUAAUCGAAACUCUUUUUAGUUGUUUUUAGCACUUCUAUGCAUACGUGUUGCUCUUAAAUGAUACUUGUGAUUUGCAUGAAACAUGAAAACUAGUAAGUACAACUUAUUUCUCUGUAUACUAGUAUUUGUGCCUCUCUCCCAUCUUACUGACAAAUGAGUUGCAAAUGUUAUUUUUGUUACACUACAAUAAGAAAACCUCUAAGUUUGCCAAACAUGUUUCUCUUUUUACUGUUAUUCCGAAAGAAAUACAUUUUCAAAUUAUCCAGUAUUUUUCUAAAUACACCCAUUAAAACACAA